AUGUUAGAGCAAGGUAUGAUUCGUCCGUCAGAAUCUGCAUGGAGCUCUCCCAUCUGGAUAGUUCCUAAAAAAGUUGAUGCUUCCGGCAAGACUAAAUGGCGACUCGUAGUCGACUUUAGGAAGCUAAAUGAAAAAACCAUUAGUGAUAAAUACCCAAUACCGAAUAUAUCGGAUGUACUAGAUAAGUUAGGAAAUUGCCAAUAUUUCACAACCUUGGAUUUAGCCAGUGGAUUUUACCAGGUCGAAAUGAACCCUAGUGACAUACCGAAAACAGCAUUCAACGUUGAACAUGGGCAUUUCGAGUUCUUACGGAUGCCCAUGGGCCUGAAGAACUCGCCAUCCACGUUUCAGCGUGUCAUGGAUAACGUGCUCCGUGACCUCCAAAAUACAGUUUGUCUCGUGUACUUAGACGAUAUUAUUGUGUUCAGCACUUCCUUGCAAGAACACAUGGUAAAUCUUGAGAAAGUAUUUCAGAAACUACGGGAAUCCAACUUUAAAAUACAAAUGGAUAAAUCCGAUUUUCUUAAAUUGGAAACCGCUUAUUUAGGACAUAUAAUCUGUAAAGACGGCAUUAAGCCAAACCCUAGUAAAAUAUCAGCCAUAGAAAAGUAUCCAUUACCUAAAACCGCAAAAGAGAUUAAACAGUUUUUAGGCCUUAUAGGUUAUGAUCGGAAGUUCAUCCCAGACUUUGCUCGAAUUACUAAACCUCUGACACAAUGUCUAAAAAAGGGACGAAAAAUAACUCUUGACACAGACUAUAUUAACUGCUUCAAAAAGUGCAAGACUCUCUUGACUAACGACCCAAUCCUUCAAUAUCCUGACUUCAACAAAGAAUUCAUCCUGACCACUGACGCAUCCAAUGUAGCGAUAGGAGCCAUCCUAUCUCAGGGACCCAUAGGAUCAGACAAACCCGUAUGUUACGCUUCUAGAACUCUAAAUGAGAGCGAAGUGAACUACAGCACUAUAGAGAAAGAACUCCUUUCCAUCGUGUGGGCAACCAAGUACUUUAGACCCUACCUAUUUGGCCGUACUUUUAAAAUCUUAACUGAUCAUAAACCCCUUCAAACUCUAAAAUUACUGACUGUACUGACCGUGCUGACGAUCGAAGCCCAGGAGAUAAAACUUGAAUAUCUUGAAGACGGACCAGGCCUACUACCAUUUAGACUUGGACCAACGACUCUCAUAACUCACUAUCAUACAUUUCUUCAAUAUGUAAAACUUGACGACAUCAGAGACAAAGUAACCUUAUUGCAGGUACAGCUACAGAACUACAAGAACAGACUUGAUAAUGACACCAACUUACUGUACGAAUUACAAAUGGACUAUCUUUCUAGCAAACUAGACAAAGUAUUAUUACAACUAAAUAGCUUAGAGCCUAGUCGCACUAAGAGAGGUCUAGUAGACGGAUUAGGCUCAGUGAUCAAAAGCGUAACCGGUAAUCUAGAUUAUUUAGAUGCCGCGAAAUAUAAUAAUGCCAUAAAAGUUUUAAAGGAUAACCAAGAUAGGAUCGAAUCUGAAUUCAAUAGUCACAUUAGCAUUAGUAAAGAGUGGAUGUUACAACAUAAUAGUGUGAUAUCCCAGAUAAUUGAAAACGAAAACAAAAUUAACUCAACGCUUAUCCAAUUACUAGAUAGAGCCGCUUAUAAAGACAGUAGCCUCAUCAAGUAUGCUAAGUUUGCCCAACUACUAACAAUUUUAACAGAAAAUAUUGAUGAUAUGCUCAAUGAGCUUAAUAGGAUAGAAAAUAUAUUAGCAUUUAGUCGUGCAUCGAGCACCCACCAUUCUACGUUAAGUGUUAAGGUAAUUAAGUCUAUGUUAGUAAGAUUAAGACAAAUUUAUGAUAAGGAACAUGUAUUAAAUUUAGAGACUAGAGAAUAUUACGAUAUCAUUAAGUCAGGUUAUUAUUUUACAGAAAAUCAAAUAGUAAUUGUUCUAAAAUUCCCUGUUAUUUCCAAAGACACCUUCGACCUAUUCCGCUUAUCCAUUGUACCUAACAAAAACCACCAAUCUAUUAUUCCACCCUAUCCUUUAAUAGCAACAAAUAGAGAAAAAUUCGUGUACAUGGAGACAGAAUGUCCGAAGUUGAGUAAUCGGUACCUAUGCGAAAAGGAAACGAACACCCAAAUUCGAACACAAUCCGACUGUAUCCAGAACCUCAUCAUCAAUCAGUCUAUAGCAAAAUCCUGUAAGAUAACCGACAUUGCACUAUCAAAAGAAGCCAUGGAACGUCUUGACGACAAGCACUACACCAUCUCUUUCCCUCAACCAACUAAAGUCCAUACAGUAUGCGGGCGUGAAGAUAUUACUUCAUUACAGGGUAGUUACUUAGCUACAAUACCAAUUAAUUGCUUCCUGCGAACACAAGAAUUCACCAUCACCAAUAUUAACGAUCAAGUAGAAGGCCAUCCACUGAAACUAAUGAAAAUACCAAUGGAUAUAAACGCAAAAGGCAACCCAGUAGUACCACGAAUCAGUCUUAAUACAAUUAACCUGAAAGGACUCCACGCAGCCCAGGACCAACUCAUGAUGCAACCACCACUUCAUCUGAGAGAGAUGGAUCUCUCAACUUUAUAUCACACCACUAUUCCCUUUUACGCCGUGUUAUCAAGCAUUGCAAUAUUCGCUAUCAUAAUCUCAGUUCGUUAUUACUACAAGACUAAGAAGCAAGAACAGAUCCAGAAUAACACCCAACAUAGCUAUGAAAUGCCCGAAGAAUCUGAAGUCAAAAAGGCAUUACCAGCAACUUUUUCUCUCAAGUUUCUAAAAUAG